UCGAUCAGGGUUCAAGAGAGCGUCCAAGAAUCGGUAAAAAGCCAAGAAAAAAAUCCGACAGCGUUUACUCUUCCUCUUCCAAGAUUAAACCUGCCGCAAACCAAGGUGGUUCUCAGCGGCCUGCGAAGGGGCGUGGCCAGAAUGUCAAGAGCCACGCCCCGGGAGAAUGCCGCCGGCCUUCGCCGCGCCCCACCCUGCGGCCCCAGAAGGGACCUGUAGUGACGUCAUAAGCACUUCCUAUGUAGCCAUCCGCCAGGAAAGAAAGUAGUCCCCAAACCCCAGCGGGCCCCAUCGUCUAUUCUAGGCAACAUACAGAAUUUUAGGGUCGCUCCGGACAGGAUUAUGGUUCUGAGGUCUCAGAGAGCCCUUCCGGAACACUGGAACUCUGUCUUUCCCUGGCGUGGCGGUGGAAGUAGUCCCGGCCUACAGUAGACCGAUAGGUCCCUCCGCAGCGGGGAAAAAGAGGAUGGCGACCUCGUCGAUGCCGGAGUCCGAGAGAAACACGGCAAAGAAGGCCUUAGAGUGAAAGCCCCAGACCCUGCACCUUCCUGCCAGGCGUUCCCCCGAGCCGAUGGAGGAGAACGAGGUAGAGAGCAGUAGCGACGCUGCCCCUCGGCCUGAGGAGCCCUCUGAGAGCGGCCUGGGUGUGUGCACCUCGGAAGCUGUGUCAGCCGACAGCAGCGACGCCGCGACCGCCUCGGGGCCGGUGGAGGCCGAUGUCUCUGGAGUGGUGCAAAGCUCAGACCGAGGCAGCCACUCACUGGAGGAGGUAUCGGAGAGCAGCUCAAGCACGGAGCCUCUGCCUCAUGGCUACCUCCCGGAUUCGUCUUCUGUGUCUGGUGGGCCGGUGGCAGCAGUCCCUGGAGGCCCCCCAGCACUGGUGCACUCCAGUGCUCUCCCAGACCCCAACAUGCUGGUGUCUGACUGCACAGCUUCCUCCUCGGACCUGGGCUCGGCCAUCGACAAGAUCAUCGAGUCCACCAUCGGGCCAGACCUCAUCCAGAGUUGUAUCACCGUGACCAGUGCUGAAGAUGGCGGAGCUGAGACCACGCGAUACCUAAUCCUGCAGGGCCCGGACGAUGGUGCCCCCAUAACGUCUCCAAUGUCCAGUUCCACCCUGGGCCACAGCCUGGCAGCCAUCGAAGCCCUGGCUGAUGGCCCUACAUCUACAUCCACGUGCCUAGAGCCGCCUGAGGAGGCGCAGGAUGGGCCCGGCUCCCUGGCAAGGGCGCCCCCAGCCCCUGGCGCCGAGGAGCUGGACCUGCAGAGCCUGGAAGCCAUGAUGGAGGUGGUGGUGGUGCAGCAGUUCAAGUGCAAGAUGUGCCAGUACCGGAGCAGCACCAAGGCCACACUGCUGCGGCACAUGCGGGAGCGGCACUUCCGCCCUGCAGCAGCAGCAGCAGCAGGCACUAGUAAGAAAGAACGACAGCGGAAGUGGGACGCCUCUGCCAAGACCCAGGAGGAAGAAGGGCCGGAGGAGGAGGAGGAAGAUGACAUUGUGGAUGCUGGGGCCAUCGAUGACCUGGAGGAGGACAGUGACUAUAAUCCUGCUGAGGAUGAGCCCCGAGGCCGGCAGCUGCGGCUCCAGCGCCCCGCCCCCAGCACCCCAAGGCCACGAAGGAGACCUGGCCGGCCCCGAAAGCUGGCUCGCCUGGAAACCUCAGAUCUCCCAGAUGGUGUGGAGGAGCCUCUAGUGAGUUCCCAGAGCGGUGAGAGCCCCACAGAGCCGCAAGAUCCUGAGGCGUCCAGCUCCUCGGGCCCAGGAUGCCUGGUGGCCCUGGGCAAGGCUGGCAAGGCCCCGGUGGAGUCCGGUGUGAGUCAGUCAGACUCCGAGAACACAGCACCCUCCUGCCAAGAAGAGCCUGAAGCCCCACCCCGCCGCCGGGGCCGACCCUCCAGGCGAUUCCUGGGCAAGAAAUACCGCAAGUACUAUUACAAGUCGCCCAAGCCGCUUCUGAGGCCCUAUCUGUGCCGCAUCUGUGGCUCCCGCUUCCUGUCCCACGAGGACCUGCGUUUCCAUGUCAACUCCCACGAGUCUGGUGACCCCCAGCUCUUCAAGUGCCUCCAGUGUAGCUACCGCUCCCGCCGCUGGUCCUCGCUCAAGGAACACAUGUUCAACCAUGUGGGCAGCAAGCCCUACAAGUGUGACGAAUGCAGCUACACCAGUGUCUACCGGAAGGACGUCAUUCGCCAUGCAGCAGUGCACAGCCGGGACCGGAAGAAGAGGCCAGAUCCGACCCCAAAGCUGAGUUCUUUCCCCUGCCCUGUGUGUGGCCGUGUGUACCCCAUGCAGAAGAGACUGACUCAGCACAUGAAGACGCACAGCACUGAGAAGCCCCACAUGUGUGACAAGUGUGGAAAGUCCUUUAAGAAGCGCUACACCUUCAAGAUGCACCUGCUCACGCAUAUCCAGGCUGUUGCCAACCGCAGGUUCAAGUGCGAGUUCUGUGAGUUUGUUUGUGAGGAUAAGAAGGCCCUGCUGAACCACCAGCUGUCCCAUGUCAGUGACAAGCCCUUCAAAUGCAGCUUCUGUCCCUACCGCACCUUCCGAGAGGACUUCCUGCUCUCCCACGUGGCUGUCAAGCACACAGGGGCCAAGCCCUUUGCCUGUGAGUACUGCCACUUCAGCACCAGGCACAAGAAGAAUCUCCGCCUGCACGUCCGGUGCCGGCAUGCAAGCAACUUUGAGGAAUGGGGGCGCCGCCACCCUGAGGACCCUCCCUCCCGCCGCCGUCCCUUCUUUUCUCUGCAACAAAUUGAGGAACUAAAGCAGCAGCAUAGUACGACCCCCGCAGCACCCCCCGCCUCCCCAGGACCUCCUGAGCUCCCUCCAGAGGCUGCACCUUUCCAGUCACCCGAGACCCCUCCACUGCUCUGUUCUGACACUCUGGGCAGCGCCACCAUCAUUUACCAGCAAGGAGCUGAGGAGUCCACCGCAAUGGCCACACAGACAGCCUUGGACCUGCUGUUGAACAUGAGCGCUCAGCGGGAGCUAGGGGGCGCAGCCCUGCAGGUAGCUGUGGUGAAGUCAGAGGACAUGGAAGCAGAGCUAGCAUCCUCUGGUGGGCAGCCCUCCCCCGAAGACACCACUCCACAAGUGGUAACCCUCCAUGUGGCUGAGCCAGGAGACACUGUGGCAGCCGAGAGCCAACUAGGCCCCCCUGACCUGCAGCAGAUCACCUUGGCACCUGGUGCAUUUGGUGGAGCUGGCUACAGCGUCAUCACAGCACCCCCUAUGGAGGAGGGCACAUCAGCUCCUGGCACACCUUACAGUGAGGAGCCCCCAGGGGAGGCAGCCCAGGCUGUGGUUGUGAGUGACACCCUCAAAGAAGCUGGCACCCACUAUAUCAUGGCAGCCGAUGGAACCCAGCUGCACCACAUUGAGUUGACUGCAGAUGGCUCCAUUUCCUUCCCCAGUCCUGAUUCCCUGACCUCUGGAGCCAAGUGGCCCCUGCUGCAGUGUGGGGGGCUGCCCAGAGAUGGCCCCGAGCCCCUAUCUCCAGCCAAGACCCACAGAGUGGGGAACCCCCCGAGCUGUUCCUCCCCACCUCCUACAGCCAGCAAAGCCCUGGGCCUGGUGGUCCCACCCUCGCCACCAUCUGCAACCACUGCAGCAUCGAAGAAGUUUUCCUGCAAGAUCUGUGCCGAGGCCUUCCCUGGCCGGGCAGAGAUGGAAAGUCACAAGCGGGCCCACGCUGGGCCUAGUGCCUUCAAGUGCCCUGACUGCCCCUUCAGUGCCUGCCAGUGGCCGGAGGUCCGGGCCCAUAUGGCGCAGCACUCGAGCCUGCGUCCUCACCAGUGCAGCCAGUGUAGUUUCGCCUCCAAGAACAAGAAGGACUUGCGGCGGCACAUGCUGACCCACACCAAUGAGAAGCCUUUCUCGUGCCACCUCUGUGGGCAGCGUUUCAACCGCAAUGGGCACCUCAAGUUUCACAUCCAGCGGCUGCACAGCCCCGAUGGGAGAAAACCAGGGACCCCUACAGCCCGGGCCCCAGCCCAGACCCCCACUCAGACCAUCAUCUUGAAUAGUGAUGAGGAGACGCUGGCCACACUGCAUACUGCCCUCCAGUCCAGUCAUGGGGUCCUGGGCCCGGAGCGGCUGCAGCAGGCGCUGGGCCAGGAACACAUCAUUGUGGCCCAGGAACAGACAGUGACCAAUCAGGAAGAAGCCACCUAUAUCCAAGAGAUCACCACAGCAGAUGGCCAGACAGUACAGCACCUGGUAACCGCUGACAACCAGGUACAGUAUAUCAUCUCUCAGGACGGUGUCCAGCACCUGCUGCCUCAGGAAUAUGUUGUGGUCCCUGAUGGCCAUCACAUCCAGGUACAGGAGGGCCAGAUUACACACAUCCAGUAUGAACAAGGAGCCCCGUUCCUGCAGGAGUCCCAGAUCCAGUAUGUGCCUGUGUCCCCAGGCCAGCAGCUUGUCACUCAGGCUCAGCUUGAGGCCGCAGCACACUCUGCUGUCACAGCAGUGGCUGAUGCUGCCAUGGCCCAGGCCCAGGGCCUGUUCGGCACAGAAGAGGCAGUGCCUGAACACAUCCAACAGCUGCAGCACCAGGGCAUCGAGUAUGAUGUCAUCACCCUGACUGAAGACUGAGCCCAAGGCUGUAAUGAGGAUCAUGGAUAUUGGGCCAGCUCUUCUGGAGGCCGUGGGGACUCCUUUCCCUCUCCCACUUAGAUUCUCCAGAUACUGGGCAGCCGGCCUCCUUUCGUUACAGAGGAGACAGCUUUGUGCUCUUGGGUUUGGGGGACAGCCAUGGGCCCAGCUAGGACAUGCUGGGUGACCUAGCCUGCAGGCAGGCUUCAAGAGAUGAAUUUAUUUUUGUUUGGAUGGACCCACUGGCCCCUUAGUCUCAAUAAAGGGACCAGAGUCCAGCCCUG